CAAAAAUGUUAAAAUCAAAACAGCCUGCCCCUUUUGGGAGAUUUGGUACGGCACACAAACGACGCGAAAACUGGUGCACGGAAGUAGACGAUGUACGGAGGUUUUAUCCAGGGUACGGGUGUUUGUUAUUAGAGAGGAGUUUUUCUAGCUCUACAAACAAGAAACGAUAACCGCCAAAUAGCAUUCAAUACAACACACAGAUCAUACAAAGGAUGGCGGUGAGAUCUAACUUCAUAUCCGUUGCCUCCACGUCCACGCAUGAUAAUUCCAGUUGGAUCUACUUCGUGGAUUGGAUUUUGGCUUUAAUCUUGGGUAUUGCAUUUGUAUUUUACUUUAAUCGAUUGGUUGGGUUUGUUUGCUCUGGAUUACUUAAGUUUACGUUAUGGAAACGAUGCAAAGUACGGAUCAAUAUAGAAUCAAUACGGUUCAAUCCCUUAGGUGGUCUUAUUGCAAUGAAAAAUUUAACAAUAUCUACUGAAAAUCAAACGGUGUCAAUACUACGAUUGAACUUAACUUGGAGAUUUUGGAUCUUCGGUUUAGCUAGAUUUUCAGAAUACUAUUUUAAUGCUGAAGAUGCUAUUGAAGUGAAUGGUAUGACAAAGGAUGAAAAUAAUAAACUCCCAUGCCGCUUAUUAUUGACCAUUGAUGGAUUGGAAGUUUUCAUGUAUAAUAGAACAAUGGCUUAUGAUAAUAUGGUUGAUAUCUUAAAUGAAAAUGCAAAAGAGAAUAGUUCUUUCACUAGUGGCAGGAACUCUAAUGAAAAAGAUUCAAAAGUAAGUUUUCACCAAAGUGGUAACCAAAGUGAAUCGAUGAGCUCCAAUUCAAUAAAAGAUUCAAAUAGUUUCACUAAUAUUGUUGAAACCACUUCCAUUCCAGAUAGUACCCUUUCCUUUUUAUUAAAAAUCUUCCCACUUAGAGUUAGGGUUAGAAAAGGAGCUUAUGUGAUGGGUAAUUCGACAACCCCGUCUAUUCUUGUAGCUUCUUAUAAAUCAGCUAAUGCAAUCGUUGAUGUUACUAAAAGUUCAAGCUGGCUUGAUAAUUAUAGACUCUUCUUCGAUUUUGAUUUCGAAAAAUUCCAAGUUGCAAUGAAACCAAAUAUAACUCAUGAUCCUAAAAGAUACAUCAACGAAGAUGAUCACGUUGAUCCAAUGUUUGUAAAUAAAAAUUUGGCUCAUCAUAAAAAAUAUAAAUUUUAUUAUAGAUUUCAACAUACUACUAAGCAAAUUUCCCGAAUCCUUAAAAAAAUUACUAGAUCUCAAAUAAAAGAUGAUGAACCUUAUCAAAAAUGGAGAGGCUUGAAAAGAUACGUUGGUGAACAAGCCGAUGAUAGAUUCCUUCUAAAUUAUAUAAGCUCGGUGGAACAAUAUGCAAAAUAUAGUUUGCUUCUUGAUACAGUUUCUGCUAGAAUGAUUUAUUACUAUGAUUCUCCUGGUAAAUUCCCUAAGCAACCAGUGUCUUUACAAGACCAAUUAUCACACCCGGAGUUUGGAGUGGAUUUAGAACUUUCAAUGGCAACAAUUCAUUACGGCCCUUGGGCUGAUAAACAAAGAGUUCCAUUACAGUCAAUGUUCUUCCCAGCUGCCGCUAGGGACUCUCAUCCAACAAAGGUUCUGGUUACUCCUGGCUCUGAUAGAAUUUAUGAUGGAUUCAAAGUUAUGAUUACUGUUAAAGAUGAGGUUAUCUUCAGAAUACCAACUAGAGAGUCCAGUAAAGAUCAAGAUUUAUUGAAAAAUUUAAAUAUUGAUAAUGCUAAUACAGCUCAAAAAAUUUCAAGACCAUUUGGUUGGGUUGAGUUGAAGAUUGAACGUGGUUCUUCAGUCUCAAGCUUCAAUUCUUUUAUUGCAACUCCUACUGGUUGGGACAAUAAAUUAAUAUGCAAUUUCAAUGGACCAGAAUUGAGAACCUCCGUUAAUCAUGAUGUGUUAUUUUCUGCAGAUACUCAUAUAGUUAAAUGCGAUAUAGGAUUCCCUUUGAAAUGGGAUGGGAAGUGCAAUUGGACUUUUGAUAAUGUUAGUUCUAAUGCUAAAUUUUUUUUCCUUCGAGAACAUACAAUCCUUAUAUCAGAUAUAUUCAGUGAUUUUGCCUCAGGACAACCCACUCCCUAUGAAUACUUCAAACCAUUUGAGUAUGGUUUAACUUGGAAAAUGGAAGGCUACAAAUUUUAUUUGAACGUGAAUGAUAAUAAUAUCAUCAACAAUCCUCUUGAUUUCAAUAGUAACAAAUACCUCUCUUUCCAAGGGAACAGUUUGGAUAUUGAACUUUUCAUUCCUUUAUAUGGUGAGUUUUCGAAAUCAUCAACAGUUGACUUUAGAAUUUUUUCACCAGAUUUUGACCUUAUUCUUGACACCCCUCUUUGGCACACAGCAAAUGCUUUCCUUAAGAAUAACAACAUAAUGGGAAAAGGUCAUAAUUUCGUUAUAGAAGGAUCUUACACUUAUUUUGGGGGUGUUGAGGUAAAUACAUCGGAUUGGAUUGUGGUGAAAUGCAUGGGUGACUAUAUUACUUUAAAAUUCCACGGAUUCUUGAUCAAAUACCUUUUCAUAAUCAAAGAAAAUUAUAUGGGAGAACACAAACAUUUUCAAACAUUUGAAGAAUAUACAAAUAGUGCCGACUAUAACUCAGCAACUGAUAAUUCGGCUACUGAUGCUACUUCUGAUUCUAGUAACUCAUUUGAUGCAAAAUCCACUAAAUCUGAUGUUGAUUUUUGGAAAAUUAUUAAGACAGAAAAUGAUCUCGACGUUUUGUUCACAUUUCAAGUCCGUAACGGACUAAUUGUGUUACCAUAUCAUAUUUAUGACUGCUCAUCUCACAUUGGUUUGUCAUUUGAAAGGUUAGACGUAGACAUGAGAUUUGCGAACUAUUACAGUGAUUUACAGGCAGACUUUGGAGAGAUGACCGGUGGAUUUAUUAAAGAUAUUAAUAAGGAAUUUGAUGAGAUGGACACCAUAUUCAAUAUCCCUGAAUAUAGGAAGAAAUUUUUACACCCAAAUCCGGAAAUUUGGGUGGACUGCUUUAAUGUCCACGCUCAUAGAAUGUUUGGCCUUCCUCCUGACGAAAACACGUACUACUGUAAAUGGGAUUUUGCAAGUAACGGGCUUAAAAUUAACUCCAACGCUUUGCUAUUAAAAGCAUUGAUUACGGGAUUGAAAAAUUUUGUCUUGGGAUUCAAAGAUUUGGAAAAUAGUUUGGUAUACGAGCCCCCUAUUAUUUAUGACGCCGCAAACUUUUCGUUCAGAUGUCCUUAUAUGGAGAUAAAACUCGAUGCUGUAUUCGAUAAGUCUCUUCUUGUUGUUGAUCUAAAGUCGAUUCUUGUGAAUUUCAACGAUAUUGCUAAUGCAAGAUACUCUUUAAAGAUCGACGUAUCUAUUCCGGAUAUUGUUUGCAGGGUAUUAGACAAGAAUCCACAGAAAAAUAAUUUAGGGUAUUUCAAGACUUCAUUAAUGAUGAGUAACUUUUGUCAGAAAGCCAAUUUUUAUGAUCAUCAAAAGAAUCAACAACAAUACGCCAGAGAAAGUGAUGCACCCACACACAGAGUUCCAUUCAUAAUUUUCCCGGAAAAUAGAGAUGACAAUUAUCAUAGGGGCUAUGGAUGUUUCAUGACUUCACUCAGCUUACCAAAGGCUUCGAUGCCAUUAAAUCGUGAAACCCAGAAUAUCAUUCGGGAAAGUGAAGCGUCAUCACUAUCUGAUGUUAGUUCAAGCUCGGCCUCCAGUAGUAUUCAAACUAGUAGUAAUGAUUUUGAGAACACGAAACUACACUCUACUGUGAACUACAAUGAAGAUGAGUUACGACCACAGCAUAACAUAGAUCCCAAAUUCAAAAAUGACAGUUUUAUAAUAGACAUCGGGGAAAUCAAUACGAUCUUGACUCCGUCUUCAUUGAUAUCGUUGGCAGGAAUUGCUAAAUCUUCUCAAGAUACCUCUCCCGAAACUUUAAUAGACAUUCUCCAUGAUCAAGCCAUUGACUACUUGACUGAGUUGAUAUUUCCACCUGCCAUGAUCGACAACAUCAGACUUAUCUGCCCUCAAAUAAAUUUGAAGUUCACUGAGAAUGCUCUACCAAAUCUUGAGACUUGUUUUUACGAUUUCCCAAAAAUUCCACACAUUAGUUUUGUUUUAUAUGAGCCGUCGGUAGCACUAAGCAAGAAGAAGUCUAUCCAAAAGCUUGACUACAAACUAGAACAAUCUAGUGAAAUGACUGUUGCAUUUCAUAUGAGAGAAGUUUUGAUUUCCACUUUCAACCCUAGCUCAUUUAGGACUCCAUUCCUUCUCACCAUUAAAGAUUUUGAGACUUGGUUCUCGAAGAAGAUAAAUGAAACUACUGUCUCGUCAAUCAAUUUGGACAGCAUUGAUUUGGAUAUUCAUGGAGAACAAAUAAAUUGGCUCAUCACUUAUAUUCUACACAUCAAGGAACUUAUGGGUCCUGUGGCAGAAGCAUUCGAUGACGAAGCAGAUAAAGUCAAUUGGAAAGCCAGUCUUUUAUAUCAAAUAACUCUUGCCGCAGAUAAGUACCGACUUGAUUUUGAUCCUGGCGUUUUAACUAAACCAGCAUAUAUUUUGCGUGCUUGUCAAGACCAUGUUAGAUUCUAUGACAGAUGGAAACUUAUCACAAGGUUGAGACAUUCGCUUGAGAAUCUACCAGAAGACUGGUGUAAAAAUGAAUACUCUAUAAAUCAAUAUUUGCCUCCUACUGCAUAUGACGAAGUACUCGAGUUCUUCUCUAACUGGAGAAAUUGGGAAGCAAACCAAGAUGAGAGAAAACAAUUUUGCAGAGAAAUCUUUGAUGCGAGUGAUUUAAAUACGCCUGAGAAUGGAGAUCUUCAGCUGCAAUUGCAUGUCAAUCAAAUAAUAGUCAAAGUCUUAGGAGAAUCCAGUGAAUUAGACUUCUUUAGUUUUCAGGAUCUAACUCUUUCAUCAAAAAUGGCCCAAGAAAAGCAAAAAGACUUGAUUAAUUUGAACCUCGGGAUAAUAGAAGACAUUAGAAAUAUUGAUAUUUUGCUUAAUCUAUACUCUUAUGAAAGCAAAAUUUCUCAUAUUUGCUUUGAUCUUAUCCCAGAAUUACAAAUGUCUUUGAGGCUGACUGAACACAAAAACAGUGAUCUAAAAAAUGGUAAUAACUUAAAGAUAGAUAAGGAUGCAAACAUUUCAAACAAAAAUGACUUAUCUGUUUCAGUGAUCACCAAUAUCUCUUCCGCUAGACAACACAUAGAACUACCAUGUUCAACUUUAGUCUUUGGUGGUUUUGACAUGACUUCUUCGUUAGAGACAUUUUUUGUCGAGCUGCUGCAAAACAAUAAAUGUAUAAGUUUUUCAAUCAAUGCUGGUGGGUUCGAUGCUGGCUUAUGGGUAAAGAACCAUAAGCUUAUCGUAACUGAAGUAUAUGAGGCCAAUGUUAUCAUCGCAAAUGUCGAUGACAUUAUUUAUGGGACUAAGACAAUCAAUGUUGAGGUUGCUAAAGGUCACACCAAAUUCUUAGACAACGAAGGGGUGGUAGUCGACAACAUUGUUCUGGUAUUGGAUAACGAUGUGAAGUAUAUUAAAGGCUUGAUAUCACAAUUUGGACAAACUAAUACCCCAGAAUCCCCCAAGCCAAAAGCACAUUUCGAAAGUAUUUUGAAUAAAAUUGGUGGUAUCAAUUUCGAGUUUCGGAUGAAUCAGUAUCUGUGGUUUGUGGACGCAUUGGCUCCAUUGACGCAUGCUGGUGCUGUUUAUAACACCAGAAUCACAGCUAAUUAUUGCGAAGAGAUCGGAUUGAUAGAGUCUUUUAUCGAAAAGUUUGAUUUAGAUCUUAGUGUCAAUAAAACAUCUGUUUUUAAAUUAGAAAAUUCUCAGAUCCUAUCCGAUAUUAAUAUUGGAUUUGAGCAUGAUGUUCUACUCAUUUACUCGAAUCUAAGCUUAGGGUUCACUAAAGUAUCUAUCCCACAAAUAUCUACCACAUUAAAUAUUUUACUUGCUAGCAAGAAGGAAAUUAUGUCCAAAUUAAUCAAAUGGAAGUCUAUUCCAAACCAUUUGAAAGACCAGGCAAAUUCUUCCACUCAUGAGUUGGUUUCUCCUGAAGAGGCAGAUCAGCAUCCAAUUAAUGAAAAACUUGCGUUCAAGUUUAGUUUCACCAAUGAUUAUAUCGGCCUUACCACGAAUGGUGGUAAAACCCGACUUGCAUUUGAAGUGGAGGCAAUUUCACUCUUCUUAUCAAAUAUUACAAAAGUCCAAACUUCAAGUCCAUUUAUUUUUGUUCCUGUUUAUGGGGAGUUUUUAAUCCCUACAGCUAGAAUUACUGUCCUUGAUAGAUCAGUUCCCGUGGGACUUUCUAAUUUGGUAAACGUGAAUGUUGGUAUUAAAGUGAUUCCUGAUAUGGAUGAAAAAGCUUCAAUUAAUUCGUUCACACAAUCAUUGCAGAUAGAAUCACUGCAUUGUAGAAUUUGUGUCAGUCCUCAAGUUGUGAUAUGUUUAAUUACUGUGUUAGACAAGAUAACUCACAUUGUUAACAAGCAUCCCUAUGGUAUGCCUCAAGAAAGUGAUGAAAGUGGAUCAAUCUACGAAACUGCUAAACAAAACCGUUCAAAUUGUAUGCUUUUCAGUUUUUCAUCCGUUCACGUUCUUGCUUAUAACUUUUGCCUAGGCUGGCUUUUUGGAGAGAAAAGGAAAGAUUACCCUGGUAUCAUAUUAGGUGCCGAAAGAUUUUUUGCCGUCACAAAAGAAGGCAUGGGAAAACUAUCCUUAAUGGACGCAUAUUUAUCUGUGGCAAAUGGUCCAACAUCAUCAAACUUUUUCAGUAGUCUGACUGAGAAAAAUAGUUUAAACCGUGCAUUCUUACCAACUACACAACUCAUCUAUAUCGUAGAUGAUAAAGAAGGAGCAAAGAAUUUGAAGGUAAACAUUCAAGGUGAUGAAUUAGAUGUUAAGUUUUUGUCUAACUCAAUUGUUCUUUUAGAAUAUGUGGUAAACUCAGUUACGAAAGUACAAGAUUUUUUGGAAAGAAAACCAUCUAUUCCCGAAGCUUUCAGUAGACCCAAGUCCAAGAGAGAAGCUCAACCUUCCCAGACUGAUUAUAUGGGUUCUUUUGGAACCAUGUUUUCUUCAGUAGAAUUCGUUGCUACAUUUGCAGGGUCGAACGUCUUAUUUUACAGAUUGAAUGACGAUGAGACUGAUAAUCCUCCGUCUUUGGCUUUGCACUCUCCGGCAGUGAAAAUAGCUACCAUGUACAGAUAUGACAAGCAAGCUGAAAAAACGCAUAUAAUUAAGAGUGAGAUUUCAACAUCCCCAUCUGAUAAUACAUUGUAUUCAUCUUGUGUACCAGUUAUAACCGAUGCGGUAGACAAGGUUAAAGAUAUGAUGCGGAAGAGUAACACAAAUAGUAGUAAGGGGCCAUCAGAUAAAAGUGACAAUCUAACUCAAUCAAAUUUCAACAUCGGCAACAUGCUUAACGACAUUGACUUCCAUUUAGGACUCAAGAUCGAAUCUCAAAGGUUAUCGCUUAGCUGUGAGCCUACUGCAAAGGUUGCAGCAAUUGUUGGACUUCAAGGUAUUCACGUCCAGAUUAAUUCUGGUAACACGAAAUCUCCUUCUGUAGAUGUGGCUAUCCAGUUUGACUCCAUGUCAGCCUCUUUACAGCACAUAUACUCCAGGGAAGUUAGCGGUUCUAUCGGAAUAGAAAGUAUCAUAUUGACUAGUUUCAUUACAUUCGACGAUGUCACACACGUAUUAUCUUCGGGUUCGUUUUCCGAUGUGAACGGGUAUGUCAAUGUUAAACAAUUUCAGGAUUUACAUUUAUUCAAAGACAUCUGGUUUCCGAAAGAAGCUAUUCAGAGUGCUAAUGAAUAUUCGGAGUUGGAUACAGAAAUAUCAGAAUCAAAAGCUGGGUUAGCUUCAAACAAGAAUAUUUCCUCAAGAUUUAGAGAAGUAUCCACCACCUAUGCUUUACCUUGGGUUUUAUCUUUCAUGGUAUUAAAUAUUCUGCUUAGAGUUGAUUUCGGUCAGUCUUUGGGGAACUUCAUUUUAAAAACUGAUAGGUUAUGGGCAGUUUCGAAAAAGUCCACAGAUUGGGCCCAAGAUUUGAAAUUAGGUGUCAAUUUUGUCAGUUUGGUUUCCGAGGGCCGCUUAGGGGGGCAUAUUGUUCUAGAAAGUGCACAUUUACAUACCGCUAUUAGUUGGAAGCUUGAUUCUAAUACAACGUUAGACGUACCUUUAAUUCUUGUUUCUGGGGGUAUUGAUAAAUUACAACUGAAAGUAUCAUUUGAUUACCAUGUUUUCGCUCUUGCUAAUAUCGAAGGAUACUCAAUUGACAUUUUUAACCAGAAAAAUGAAGUUAGUCUAUCUAAAGAUCAUUUGUUUGUUACCACUAAAUUUGAUACCUCAGAAAUUUAUGUGACUUCUUUAGCUGCUUCCAACUUCAUCGACAUCUUUAAUACAAUCUCAAGGAUGAUGCAAGAAAACAAAAUGUCAUAUAAGGAGACUUUGAGAGACUCUAGUGAUACUCGGGAUACGAAUAAUAUGGAUGAAAAUACUACCGCAACAGAUGAUAUUUUAGAGACAGUCAAGAAACUUGAGACGAGAAUCGAAGUUGUUGUUGGGAAAGCACUUAUUCAAGUUUAUCCCUCAUCUUUCGACGACUCCAAGGUAUUAGUUGUGAAAAUGGAUGAAUCAAAAGCAAAUUUUCAACAAAAUGAGUAUUUACAUGGAAUUUCUAAUGAACUUGAAUUACAGCUCAAUGAUAUGAAGGUAUCAUUAUCGAUGACUUCAUCAGUCCUGUCGGAAUUCAUUCAAGAGUGUAACGUUGAUGAUUUUGUUGAGUAUGCACAUAAAGCUAGAGGAGGUAACAUAUUUGUUUUCCCCAGAUUUAUGAUUUCAAUGAGAACUUUCCAAAAAUAUAAAUCUAACUUGAUUGAAUAUUUAUACCAGUCAUCUUUUGGAGGUACUGUUGAUAUUCGUUGGAAUUUGGGUUCAAUUAAUUUUAUCCGUGAGAUGUAUUUCAUACAUAAAAAGGCUUUAGUGUCUCGUACGAACUUCAAAAGAGAUGCAAUGUCAAUUGAAUCGAAUGCUCGAACCCUUAAAGAAGAAGCGAAAAAGCAUAAGAAGAGUGAACCAUCUCCGAUUUUGAGAAAACAGUUAGACGAGGAUGACUCCACUGGAGAUAUCGAUGAAGCCAUUAACAAUACCAUGACAAAAGUUUCUAAUCAAUCGAGAUAUGACUAUUCGCCUAUUGCACCUCCAAUUAUCGAAGCACCCCAAUUGAAAGAAUUAGGUAAUGCAACUCCGCCUUUGGAGUGGUUUGGAUUACAUAGAAACAAGUUCCCAAAUGCAACCCAUCAAUUGGGUAUUGUCAGUUUACAAAAAUUAAUUCACGAGGUUGAAUUACAAUAUUCGAAAAUAUUAGGCAAAGCUUAAUAUCAGAAGCUAACCUCAUAACCUCAUUUCAUUUUCAGUUCGUUUACUAUAUAACUUUAGUUUUCAUUGACAUCUUUUUUUUCUUCUACUGGGU